AUGGUCGCGACAGAGGAGGCUUCGUUAGAAGCGUCGUUUGCGAAUCCGUACUCCGCAUGCGGUUUCAUCGGCGGUAUCAUCUUCUGCGUGUCAAUCCUGCCGCAGCUGGUCAAGACGUACCGUACCAAGUCCGCCAAAGACCUCAGCUAUUUCUGGCAAGCAUGCUACCUGCUGGGUCUGAUCGGAAUCAGCAUUUACGGCGUGGCGUACAAGCUCUGGCCCGUGGCCAUCCCCCUUAUAAUUGAAAUCGUUUUCAUGGUAACCCUUACUGUACUCAAGUACCGGUACGACAAGCGGGCCAAGAGAAAAAAGGCAGCUGGUGCUGGUGCUGAGGAUGGGCUUGGAAGGUGCAACUUUUCAAGCCACUUUUUAUCUGAGUCGACGUGGUGCGCGAGGGGGGGCACGGAAGGGAGGGCGAGGCCCACGGCCAGGAGGGCCAAUGGCCUGGAUGGUCAUGUUGAGUUGCAGGAAGCUGUCGCCCACAAGUCCCCCUGCCUGCUCCCCACCGCCCGCUGCCGUGAUGAGACCGCUGUGAAUGAGAGCGGCACGGUGGAGGGUUGA